AGAGAAAAUCAUCAUCACCGUCGUCCUCCAUCGAUCAACAGAAUCAAGGAAGAAUCAGCUGAACAAAGGAAACCCCAAAAACCAGAAACAGAAACGAUGGCUGGUGUUGGACCGAUUACUCAGGACUGGGAGCCCGUCGUGAUCAGGAAGAAGGCCCCCAACGCUGCUGCCAAGAAGGACGAGAAGGUCGUCAACGCCGCUCGUCGUGCCGGCGCCGAGAUCGAGACAAUAAAAAAACCUAAUGCUGCCUCGAAUAAGGCUGCCUCUAGCAGCACCAGUUUGAACACAAAAAAACUUGAUGAAGAGACGGAGAAUCUUGCUCAUGAUAGAGUACCAACUGAAUUGAAGAAAGCCAUCAUGCAGGCUCGGAUGGAUAAGAAACUUACCCAGGCUCAACUUGCUCAGACGAUCAAUGAGAAGCCCCAAAUCAUCCAAGAGUAUGAAUCUGGAAAGGCUAUUCCCAAUCAGCAAAUAAUUGGAAAACUGGAGAGGGCUCUUGGUUGCAAACUGCGAGGGAAGAAGUGAGGCAACUUGCAUGAAAACAGCGAACAGAACUUCCAUAUUACCACCAGUGUCUCGAGUCUUAAAAGUGAUGUACGUGAACUGAUUUUACUAUUAUUAUGGUUUGCGUGUGAUAAUGUAUCCAGCUUCCUCUGAUGACUAUGAAAUAGUGUCUUUGUUUUUGAAUCUAUCAUGGGAUCUUCUGCAAUUUGUAUGUUUUCCAUUAUUCUCGAAUUGGUUCUUCAGAUGCAUUCCUCUGACGAGGUCACAGAUGCUUCUGUCUUAAUAUUAGUAAUAGCAGUAACUUUUCGCACAAGAAACUGGGUAAGCGAAG